GGACGACAACGAGGCUGAUGGACUCGUAAGAUCGAAGAACGAACAAGCAUAAUUGACUAUGAUCGCUGCCUCUGUCAACGGGAGAAUUGUAUGAAUGCUCGCGCCCAUACGGGGUACGCCGUACUCGUACUGGUGUUGUUCUAGGCUGUGUUGGCUGGGUAACCGACACCGCCUAUCGACAGGGAUGCAAGAGACGUGGAUCAAGCCCCCGAGGAUUGCAAGGCUCAUCUAAGUGUCAACACUGCUUCAGGAGAGCCUCACCUUUUUAUUUCACACCGCACUCACCUUCUACUCGACCUGUACCUCAAAAUAUCGCAAUCGAUCCCUCAAACCUCACGUUAGCAUAGAAAGAUUCACUGUUACAAUUGGGCCUGCAGUUUAACAAGAUGGUGAGUCCCCUGCGUUCAUUCGUCCAAUGGAUUGUCAGAUUCGGGACAAGGAGGGCAGGAAGAAAGGAUGCUCCCGAGCCCAAUUGCAGCCAUUUGAGAGACACAACACGCAACCUCCUGCGUCUGUCCUUAUUUUGUUUCUCAUAUAAAGUUCUGGCGCCGACAUCGACACCCAAAUACUCUCCAUUCUCUUUUUUCACCAUCAUAAUUCAGAAUGGCUAAUUCGCAUGCUGCCUCGCAGACUUCCACCAACUACAAAGAAGCCUUCUCCCUGUACGACAAGCGAGGCAAUGGACGCGUCGCCCUCGAUUCCCUUGGCGACCUCCUUCGAGCCUGUGGACAAAACCCGACUCUUGCAGAAAUCAGAGACCUAGAGAAACAAGUGGGUGGUGAUUUCGACUUCGACUCCUUCAGCAAAGUCCUGAACCGACCGGGAGGCUUCAGAGAUCCUGGCGAACCAGAAGAAUAUUGCCGUGGCUUUCAAGUAUUUGAUAAGGACAUGACCGGUUUCAUAGGGGUGGGCCAAUUACGGUACAUCCUGACAAACCUGGGCGAGAAAAUGAGCGAUGAAGAGGUUGAUGAAUUGUUGAAAGCGGUUGAUACCAGUAGUGGAGAGAUCAACUACAUGGAUCUGGUCCGCACCAUCCUUGCCAACUGAGACUCUCGUGUGCACGCGCGUACAGAGGGAGUGCUUCAGCGGUUCUUGCUUACGAGUGUAUGGUUUACGGCAUGGGAGCAAUUGCAUACUUGAUUGCAGCGUUGGCUUUGGCGCAAGCUUGUCUCUACCACUUUUCACAAACGGCCCAAUGUUAGACAGUACAGAUUUGGCCAGCAAUCAGAUUCUACGUGGUUCAGAAUAAGAGGAAAAUCAUUCAAACGUG